AUGUGUCUCAUGAAGCUCCUUCUCCCUCUCCCAAUGCAAAUGAGCCUCAUGUUUCUCAUCAAAAUAGCAAAAAGUCAAAACACUCUGGAGGUAAUAAUACUCUGUUCUAGCGUCGGGUCACUCUUAGCCUUGAUUAUUCUUUAUGUGUUCAUAAGCUUCCUAGUUCAUAGGAGGCAAGAAGUCGACGACGUUGAGGAGGACAACCUAGAACAACUGCCUGGACUACCCACAAGGUUCACUUACGAUGAAUUAAGAGUCGUCACUGAGGAUUUCAGCAAGAAGCUAGGUGAAGGAGGUUUUGGAUCUGUCUUUGAAGGCACUCUAAUUGACGGCACAAAAGUUGCCGUGAAACUCCUCGACGGGGCGCGCCAAAUCAAAAAAUCUUUCCUAGCUGAGGUUGAGACUAUCGGCAACAUUCAUCAUGUCAACUUGGUGAGACUCAUUGGACUUUGCGCCGCGAAGUUCCACAGGCUACUAGUCUAUGAGUACAUGCCCAACGGUUCUCUGGAUCAGUGGAUCUUUUGCAAGUCGAAAGGGUUGUUCAUGCUUGACUGGAAAAAGAGGAGAAAGAUCAUUCAUGACAUAGUUAAGGGCCUAAAUUAUCUCCACGAAGAAUGUAGAUGGAAGAUAGUUCACAUGGACAUUAAACCCCAAAAUAUUCUCUUGGAUGAAAACUUUAAUGCUAAGGUUGCUGAUUUUGGCUUGUCUAAAUUGCUUGAUAGGGACCAAAGCCAAGCAGCGACUACAAUGAGGGGAACUCCAGGAUAUAUGGCCCCGGAGUGGCUAAGCGCAAUAAUUACUGAGAAAGUGGACGUCUAUAGCUUUGGUGUGGUAGUUCUGGAGAUAGUUUGUGGAAGGAAAGUAUUCGAUAGUUCUCAGAACGAGGAAGACAGAUAUCUUCUUGAUGUUUUCAAGAGAAAGGCCGAAGAAGGGCGGCUUUUGGAUAUGGUUGACAACACUUGUGAGGACAUGCAACUAAAUCGUCCCCACGUGGUCAAUGUGAUGAGAAUUGCUGCAUGGUGCUUACAAGGUGAUUUUUCGAAGAGGCCUUCCAUGUCGAUGGUCAACAAGGUGUUAGAUGGACUUAUGGAAAUUCCAGAUGACCUAGGUUAUGACUUUACACAUCGCACCUUGAAUGUUAACGUAAGGAUUGGUCACGAGAAUAUUGACUUGGGCGCUGCAAUUUCUGUGUUACCAUCAAUUCUUUCCGGUCCACGGUGA